AAAAUAAUUUAGUGACAAAAAUGCAACCCCUCAAACGUUUUACCCAAUGCGGCAGCCUCACCAUGCUCUUUGGAGUUUUCAUCAUUUUAUUUGGGGUCAGUUCAACAGCCUUAACUACAUUUGGCAAAUCCAGUAAUGUUCCACCACCCACACCAGGACCCGUUGUUAAGGGUCGCGAAUGUACCACACACGAAGAAUGUGCAGCGAUAGAAAAUUCCAGUUGUGUUCGAGAUCCCGAUGAUUAUAAAAUGCGUUGUUUAUGUGGCAAUGAUAAUCCACCCAACAAUGGCCUCUGUCCGGAUGUUGUAAAAGGUCUCCGUCAUCGAUGCAGUGGCAACUAUGAAUGCGAGGAUGGCCUUAUCUGUACCUAUGAGAACACGAACCGCACCAUUGGUGUUGCCAAGUUUAUGUCGUCAAAAACCAAAUUGUGUUUGUGUGACAAUGAGCGGGGCUAUUUUGAGGAUGUCCAUCGUGAUAUCUGCAGUGGUGCCGUUAUGCAGGCCAUAAGCGAUUUGGUGUUAUCAAUGCUGACAUCCCUAUUACCGCCCAUUGUGUAUUCCUGCUUAAAGAAUCACUUCUAAAAAUAGUAGAAUUAAAAAUUAACCAGCAAAAAAAAAAAAAAAAAA